GGUUAUCACGCAACAGGGACAGCGGUCGCGACGGCCCGACGGGCAGGGAAAGCUCGUCCGCCAUCGCUAUUUCCUCGCUCUCUCUCUGGGACGGACUAUCGGACAUCUUCUUCGUGUUGUUGUCGUGAUUUGCACGAUGAGAAGGUGAGUGGUAAGAGCGGGAAGACAGAGGAAGGCAAGGCGGUCGUGCGGCACAAUAUCUAUUCUUUUGAGCGACGCGGCGGACAGAGUCAACGGGUCGUCGGGACACGUGGGUGGUGAGACGGCGCUGAGGCGGUGGAGGAAGCCGCGCCAUGGCAGCCGUUUCGGCGGCAAGGGGAGUGGGUUGCGCCACCGCGGUCGCAACAAGGCAACGCGCCGUCGCAGGGGCAGUGGCGGAACGACCAGGCGGCGCGGCCACGUGUCUCCCCUUGGGAUUAGCGAAAGCCGACCUAACGAGGCGGGGGGGAUGGCGGGCGCGGACGGCGCAGCUUGGUGCCCUGCACGGCGAGCUCGUCUCCUCCACACAUUUGCUGGCGGCCACCGCGCUUCCGAGAUCACGGAGGCGGGUUGCCAGCGGCGGCAGUGAGCGCAGCAGCCAUGCGGGCGCAGUCGGGAUGCCGGCGGAGGUUCGCUGCAGCGUGUCCGCCGAAAGACCCCCCUCUCAACCCCGCUUCAUCCAGCACAAACAGGAGGCUUUCUGGUUCUACCGCUUUCUCUCCAUUGUGUAUGAUCACAUCGUUAAUCCUGGGCAUUGGACAGAAGACAUGAGGGAGGAGGCGUUGGAGCCGGCCGACCUUAGCGAUCGGGAGUUGAAGGUGGUGGACGUAGGGGGAGGAACGGGAUUCUGCACGCUGGGAAUAGUGAAACACGUGGAUGGGAAGAACGUGACGUUACUCGACCAGUCGCCGCAUCAGCUGGAAAAAGCGCGCCAAAAGAAGGAGCUUGCUGACGUCACCAUAAUUGAGGGUGAUGCGGAGGAGCUUCCCUUUGCCACAGAUUAUGCCGAUCGCUACGUAUCGGCGGGCAGCAUUGAGUACUGGCCAGAUCCCCAGAGGGGAAUUGCGGAAGCCUAUCGUGUCGUAAAGAAGGGAGGGAAGGCAUGUAUCAUUGGACCCGUGCACCCGACACAUCCUGUUUCCAGGUUCAUGGCAGAUACGUGGAUGCUGUUUCCCAAGGAGGAGGAGUACGUUGAAUGGUUCACCAAGGCUGGGUUCAAAGAUGUCCAGCUUAAGAGGAUAGGACCGAAAUGGUAUCGAGGAUGCAGAAAGCAUGGAUUAAUCAUGGGGUGCUCGGUAACAGGAGUGAAGGAGGCUGACGGUGAGUCCCCCUUGAAAUUGGGACCCAAGGCAGAGGAACUCAAGAGGCCCAUGAACAUUCCGAAAUUCCUGUUCCAAUUUAUCCUCGGCACAAUGGCCGGAAUUUACUAUGCACUUCUGCCUAUCUACAUGUGGCUUAAGGACCAACUCCUUCCCAAAAGCUGGAGCUUUGACUGAUCCUUCCAUGACCCACGCUCUCUCUCUCUCCCUCGCUCUCUGUGUGCAUUGAGAGAGAGAGAGAGAGAGAGAGAGAGAGAGAGAGAGAGAGAGAGAGAGAGAGAGAGAGAGAGAGAGAGAGGAGGAAGAUUGGCAGGUAGAGGUGGGGUGAAAGGGAUCCAUGUCCUGCGGAGCUGGGAUUUGUGUAGAAAUUUUGCUGGUCUUUCAAGUUUGAUAUUUAUUGGAAAUGGCCCAGAAAAAAAAAUAAAACUUGGCAAUGGCGCAUAUCAUAUAUAUGUUCAGCCAAAUAGCUCAAAGAAAGUUCUGAUCAAGUCACAGAGCAGGGAGCCUGCAGCCGCAAGAGCAGGAGAUCGUAGGGGUGAUGAUGAGGUGAGGUAGGCUUUUUGCGUCCUUGACAUGGGCUGGACAUGACUUGCAGCACAAGCUGCAGAUUCUAAAGUUAUUUUAUUCUGUUCAUCUGAUAGCAUCUGGAUUCGAACUUGCAUCUGUAUUGGUGCUGGUGAGAGAUAAGAUGUGCUUGCUUCCUUCAAGUUGGCAGAAUGGGCUGGGAACUUGCAGCAGCAGGUGUUUGUUAUUCUCUCCAGUGACAGAGAGUAAUAGCAGAGAAAGGAAAUGAACGCUGCAGCCCUGCGCUGUCUUUUCUUCUCGCAUGCAGUGUGGGGUGAUGACCAUCCUCAGCUGAGAAGAAGAGAAUUUCCAAGGGAGUGUGUGUGUGCUGUGGCAUAUAAUAUGUGCCAUUGUGCUGGGACACGUAGCCCGGCACCAUGAUGCGUCCUAGCGCAGUCCGUCCUUAGGCUAGCUAGCACGCGUGCUUGGGAUAUACUAUCUGACCCCUAAAGGUCCCGGUCAAUCCAAUGGUAUGUGAACUUUAUACAUGCAAGUACUGUCAGGUCUGGUAGCAUUUUGCCAUACCCCUAGUCCCAUGGCAUUUUGCCAUACCCCAAUAGACCCCUGUAAAGCGGUUAACCUUUAUAGACCCUUGUCAGACCCUAAUCCGGCCUUUUUGUUCUACCUUUGUCAGACCCUUGUCGACCCCUCUAGAACCUUCUGGGACUCCCUAGGCCUUAGCAAACCCCUCUGGGCGCCUGGUCGACUUGGAACCGACACUUGUCAGACGGUUGUUAGCCCUUUGCAGACCCUUACAUAAGGCCCUGCACAUGCUUGUCAGAACCCUUUCCCUGCUUGCCAGACCUUCUGAAAACUUGCCCUCAGAGUGUUUGGUUCGGCGACUUGUUAUACUCGAGGAUCUGAUGAAUUCCGCUGUCCGAGAUUGAGCGCAGCAGUUGUUUCUCUUGCUGCCACCCAAUGCAUUUAAAACUGCCUCUCUUGCUGCCACCCAAUGCAUUUAAAACUGCCUGUGAAUCUACCACUCUCUGGAGUACCCUCCCUGGCUCCCUGAUUCCCUCCCUCCCUCCCUCCCUCCCUGUGUCGUCGAAUAGUAGGUUAUUCUGCUGCUGUGUCAUUCCUUACACCGUCAGGCUGAGACAGUAAGGAGAGGGUGAAACUGCGUAGUUGUGCUGGUCUUUAUUUGCUGUCAGGUAGUAGUACAUAGACUUUGAUUGUCAAGAUAGACACCUCCUCGUACCAUAUGAUAGAAUGGGGAACUUUUUCACUUCGGUGAGUCCCCUCUUAACUUAUCAAGCGUUUCAGUAUAAAUAAAUCUGUUUCAACUAUUUUUAGCUCACAGUGAGCAGUGCCCACAUGGAAACGGCAUGGCUAUCCCCCUGAAACCUCCACCACUUCUACUGCUCCCUGGGUUUUGGUAUGCUAGAUCAUUAACAGC